CGACCUGCGAAACCACAGGCUGCUGAUGACACACGUGCAAAGACGCACGUGUGGAUCCGUGCGUCUUGAAAACACACUGGGACGAUCGCAUAUAUAAGGCCUGCUCUACUCGAAAUGGAAUCAGUCCCCGAUAUGUUGCGACCUAUGCAUUUCGUAUUCCUUUUCGCAGCGUUCGCUUUUCUUGCGUUCGCCGCUGCUGCGGAAAAAGAGGAAGCAAAACCGCUAUACGUUCAGAGUGAGAUCGAACCACAGAGUGAGAUCGAACCACAGCCAGAUACCAAUGAUUUGGAAGCAGAUGCCUCGUACUGGGGAUACGGACGACCAUGGCGAUACGGUGGUUGGGGAUAUGGAAGAGGAUAUGGUUGGGGUGGCUGGAGAGGAGGAUAUGGCGGAUGGGGCGGCCGAGGCUAUUGGGGUGGAGGAAGAGGUUGGGGAGGUGGCUGGGGAUACUGGGGUUAAUUUUGUUCCCCAGGUUUUUUGUAUUAAAUGAUAUGUGUAUAAUAUUUUAUCGCCGUCAAUAUAUUUCUUGGUCUUUUGCAUUAUUAUUCGACUUCUUUAAAAUACAAAUACAAAUACAACUUCAUUAGUUGUACAAGUGUUUAAUUGAAGUCUUCAUCAUGUAAGUAUUCCAUUGAAGUCUUCAGCGUAAAAAAAUAAAUGAUAUAUGAA